CAGCAGCCUCUGGGGGGAUACCUGGGCUGAGCACUCCAUCCGCUGUCACGCGAGCAGCUAUCCCCCUUGCCUCACUGCUCAUAGCUUUUAAUCACUACCUUCAACGAUGCCCACAGCCCCGCGUGCCAAUGGUGUUCAAUCACCGGCCCUGGGCGUCGGCCCAUCUUAUCGACCUGCGGAGGAAAAGCCAACCGCAACCGUCUCGAGAGAAGUGCCCCACGAGAAUGUCCAUGUGCUGGAACAAACACCACAGCUCAUCGCUCUACUCACCAUGAUUCGUGACAAGCACACCGAGCGAGCCGAUUUCAUAUUCUACUCAAACCGAAUCAUCAGACUCUUGGUCGAAGAAGGUCUGAACCACCUCCCCGUCGUUACACACACUGUCACAUCUCCUGUGGGUAAGGACUAUGUGGGAGUCAAGUUCGAAGGCAAGAUCUGCGGUGUGUCAAUAAUGAGAGCCGGCGAGUCAAUGGAAGAAGGACUACGAGAAUGCUGUCGUUCCGUUAGGAUUGGAAAGAUUCUCAUUCAGAGGAAUGAGGAGACCAGCAAACCGAAGCUCUUCUACGAGAAACUCCCUCCAGACAUUGCAAACCGAUGGGUCUUGCUUCUUGAUCCCAUGCUGGCCACUGGCGGCAGUGCUAUCAUGGCAGUCGAGGUGCUAAAGGACCAUGGUGUGCCCGAGGACCGGAUAUUGUUCCUGAACUUGAUUGCCAGUCCAGAGGGCAUCGAGAACUUUGCAGAACAUGUGCCUAAGGUGAGGGUCAUUACAGCCUUUGUGGAUCAAGGGCUCGAUGAGCACAACUACAUUGUGCCCGGUCUGGGUGACUUUGGUGAUCGUUACUACACCGUAUAGAGGGCAAUUUGAUCAUGUCGCCGGAAGGAGAUUUCGCAGGAUCUGAUGGGUGCAAGAUUCGCCAUCCAGCAAAGACAUGGACAAUCAUGAGCAUCGUACUCAGCUUGAUUGAACCCCACUAUCCAACAAGGGCCAGGACCAGAACCCAGCAGAUGGUACAGAAGGCUCCAGAAUGCACAGUAGAGAAUCGUGGGCUUGUUUUCGGUAUUUUGGACAUAUGUGAGAGUCAAUUCUCUAGCAGUUCGCCGGCCUACACCGGCACAAGCACGGUUU